CGCAGUUUGGAUGUUUCACUCUAUGUGGAUAAACCUUAAUGUUGAAGGUUGAACUAGUAACGAUACACCGGAACGGCGGAACCGGAAACCUGUCUUUUCUGUCGAGUCAUCAAUGGAAGCCACAUCCAGCUCAUGCCAAAUUAUCGGAAUUUUAUUUUAUUCCAAACAAUUACAUAGUGAUGAUGGUGAUUUAUGCGAGCAAUUCAACUCAAUUCAGUCUACAAUUCAAAAAAAUAUUGCCGGCGAUUUAGAAAAAAACAUCGUCUGAAGUUUCGAAGAGAUUGGAGGAUAUUCGAACGCGUUACGCCUUCUAAAGACUUUUGUUUAUGAUCUCUGCAGAUUUGUUUACUUUUCGUUUUUAAUACUAGGAAAAUUCCGUUUGGAUUUGAAACUGAUAAUAAGUGCGAUUCCAUGAGAGAUCACAUCGAACUAGCAGUUUCGAGAAGACAAGCCAUGCUUAUCGAGCUAUGGGGGACAUCCCAAACGUUAGUGUCGUGAAGAGCAGUCCAAUCGACCUAAUUGGGGGAACCAAUCGAAAUAGCAGUGUCGUGAAGAGCAGUCCAGUCGACCUAAUUGGAGGAGCCAAUCCAAGUAGCAGCUUCAGGGAGACGAGCCAUGCUAGUCGAGCUAGAGGGACAUCCCAAACGACAGUCGUGAAGAGCAGUCCAGUCGACCAAAUGGGGGGAACCUAUCGAAAUAGCAGUGUCGUGAAGAGCAGUCCAGUCGACCUAAUUGGGGGAGACAAUCCAAGUAGCAGCUUCAGGGAGACCAGCCAUGCUAGUCGAGCUAGAGGGACAUCCCAAACGACAGUCGUGAAGAGCAGUCCAGUCGACCUAAUUGGGGGAGCCAAUCCAAGUAGCAGCUUAAGGGAGACCAGCCAUGCUAGUCGAGCUAGGGGGACAUCCCAAACGACAGUCGUGAAGAGCAGUCCAGUCAAUUUAAUGGGGGAGCCAAUCCAAGUAGCAGCUUAAGGAAGACCAGCCAUGCUAGUCGAGCUAGGGGG